AUGAACAAUUUUGUCUACUCAAUUCCACUCUCUGUUCAUAUCUCUCUCUCUCUCUGUUCAUAUCUCUCUCUCUGUUCAUAUCUCUCUCUCUCUCUCUCUCAUAUCUCUCUCUCUGUUUAUCUCUCUCUCUCUCUCUCUGUUCAUAUCUCUCUCUCUGUUCAUAUCUCUCUCUCUCUGUUCUCAUAUCUCUCUCUCUCUGUUCUCAUAUCUCUCUCUCUCUGUUCUCAUAUCUCUCUCUCUCUGUUCUCAUAUCUCUCUCUCUCUCUCUCUGUUCUCAUAUCUCUCUCUCUCUCUCUCUCUUCAUCUCUCUCUCUGUCUCUCUCUCUGUCUCCCUCUCUCUGUCUCUCUCUCUGUCUCCCUCUCCUAUCUCUCUCUCUAUCUCCCUCUAUCUCUAUCCCUCUCUCUCUCUAUCCCUCUAUCUCUAUCCCUCUCUAUCUCUAUCCCUCUCUAUCCCUCUCUAUCCCUUCAUCUUUUUUGUUUGUUUUUUUUUUUUUUUUUUUUAUUACUCUUUCCCUCAUCCCUCCCUUCCUCUUUUCUCUCAAUCUCACUCUCUCUUCUCUUUGCCUCUCUUUUCCUAGCACUCUCUCUUCUCUUUGCCUCUCUUUUCCUAGCACUCUCUCUUCUCUUUGCCUCUCUUUUCCUAGCACUCUCUCUUCUCUUUUGUCCUCUCUUUUCCUACACUCUCUCUUCUCUUUGCCUCUCUUUUCCUACUUACUCUCUUCUCUUUGCCUCUCUUUUCCUACACUCUCUCUUUGUCCUUUUUUCUCUCUCUUUUCCUUGUCAUCUCUCUUCUCUUUGCCUCUCUUUUCUGACACUCUUCUUCUCUUUGCCUCUCUUUUCCUAGCUUUCUCUCUUUCUUUGUCCCUUUUCUUCUCUUCUCCUCUCUCUUCUCUUUCUGCCUCUCUCUCUUUUUCUCUUUUAUCUCUUUCUCUCUUUUGCCUCUCUCUUCUCUUUGCCUCUCUUUCUCUUUUUUCGCCUCUCUCUUCUCUUUUUCUAGCCUCUCUUUUCUUCUCUUUGCCUCUCUCUUCUCUUUGCCUCUCUCUUCUCUUUGCCUCUCUCUUCUCUUUGCCUCUCUCUUCUCUUUGCCUCUCUCUUCUCUUUGCCUCUCUCUUCCUUUUGCUCUCUUCUCUUUGCCUCUCUCUUCUCUUUGCCUCUCUUUUCUCUCUCUUCUUUGCCUCUCUCUUCUCUUUGCCUCUCUCUUCUCUUUGCCUCUCUCUUUGCCUCUUCUUCUCUCUCUUCUCUUUUGCCUCUCUCUUCUCUUUUUUGCUCUCUCUUCUCUUUGCCUCUCUUCUUUUGCCUCUCUCUUCUCUUUGCCUCUCUCUUCUUUUGUCUCACACUCUCUCUUUGUCUCACACUCUCUCUUCCUUUUGUUUCUCUUUUAAGUUGUUAAAUGAGAAUUUUUUUACGUUCAUCAGGUAUACCUUAAGAAAUUUCAAACUGCCUCCCCUCUUUUCUCUUCUCCCCACCUCUUUUUUUCUUUUUUUUUUUUCUUUUCUCCCCUCCCCCUUUUUCUUUUCUCCCCUUUUCUCUUUUUCUUUUUUUUUUCUCUUUUCUCCCCUUUUUCUCUUUUCUCCCCUUUUCCCUCCCCUUUCUCUUUUCCCUUUUCCUCCCUUUUCUCUUUUCUCCCCUUUUCUCUUUUCUCCCCUUUUCUCUUUUCUCCCCUUUUCUCUUUUCUCCCCUUUUCUCUUUUCUCCCCUUUUCUCUUUUCUCCCCUUUUCUCUUUUCUCCCCUUUUCCUUUUUCCCCUUUUCUCCCCUUUUCUCUUUUUUCCCCUUUCCCUCUUCACCCUUCUUUUUUCUCCCCUUUCCCUCUUCACCCUUCUUUUUUCUCCCCUUUCCCUCUUCACCCUUCUUUUUUCUCCACUUUUCUCCUCUCUUCUCUAUGGAUCUGA